ACGCGAACCCCAAGCCGGAGUGAAGCAGGUGUGGACUUACUGACCUCCUACUACUCCCAGCUCAGCCUGUUGGAAACCCGGUUCUUCCUCUCCAGUCGCCACCCUGGCCUCUUCUUCACCUGGUACGACUCACUGACAGGCCUGCCACUCUGCCAGCAACACCUCUCCCUGGAGAAGGCCAGCGUGCUCUUCAACAUCGCUGCUCUUCACACGCAGAUGGGGGCCCGCACCGACCGAACCUCCACGGCCGGCCUCCACUGUUCCGUCUCUGCCUUCCAGAGCGCCACAGGAGUGCUGCAGCUGCUGCAGGAGACGUACCCCCACACGCCGAGCUUCGACCUCAGCCCAGUCAUGCUGAAGCUGCUGGUGCGCCUGAUGCAGACCCAGGCUGAGGAAUGUGCCUUCGAGGAGGCGCUACUGCCCGGCACUGCCAACCGCUUUGACACCCUGCUGCGGUUGGCUCAGGACGCGGCGGCGUUGUCGGACUCGUACACGCUGGUGAACCAGUGUGUCCGCCAGUCUCCAGUGGCAGAGCACGUCCCUGCGGCCUGGUGCCACACGGUGCAGGUGAAACUGCAGCACUACCGCGCACUGGCACAUUACCUCGUCUCCAUCGCAUUACUGGACCAUCAGCUGAGCCCCAGCGAUGACACUGACCAGCAGGAGAAGGUGCUGACUGACCUCUACCAGCAGAUGCCUGAGGGACUGACCCCUCUCACCGUCCUCCGGUUCAAAGAGCAACGACAACGGCUCGGUAAAGCCCAUCUGCGGUCAUCAAUCAUGGGGUACGAGGAGGCUCUGAGGGUUCAGGGUCUAUGCAAAACUCUGAGGAAGAUGGACAUCAUCCAGGAGAUUCUCAGAGUAUCCCACAAACGUUCUCUCACCAAGUACGCCGAACUCGAGCAGGAGGAUGACUUUGACAUGAUGGAGGCUCCCAAUAUAAUUGGCAGAAGCAGGCAGCAGACUGAGACGGUGAAGCUGCUGUUGUCCAAUGUGAAAGUGGUUGACUUCUUCCAAAAGCUGGGCCCACCAACUCUCUUCUCAGCCAAGCAGCAGUGGACAGCCCCUCGCAAGAUCCACCUGAAGCCGGGAGAUUGGGAACAGGGAUUCAGGCUGCAGGGUGAGGCGGGGGUGCUCGUGACAGGAAUGGACCCCAAUAGUGCGGUCGCGGCUCUGGGUCUGAAGGAUGGAGAUGUCAUUGUGAGGGUGGCAGGAACAGACUGUAAGUGGAGCUCGGUGAGCAAGGUGCUGGAGAUGCUGAGGGGAAUGCCUGAUGAUGGACUGGACAUCGAGGUGGUCAGUCCCCAGGUGCUGGAGCCCGCACAGAUGCCCAAGUGUGCCACAUUCAGCAGUGGGUUGUCCAAAGCCUACUCCCUGUCCUGCUGGGCCCUUGAUGAGGGGAAGAACAGUGAAAACAAGAAAGUCUCAAAGAAGCUGUCAUUUCUGAGCUGGGGGAGCAAGAACAGAAAGAAGGCUUCGAGCACGGUCCACCUUCACUUGGCCAUGGACACUGGAUUCAAGUCUUUCUCUGGAGGCAAUCUCGCCAAUGACAGCUCUCUUUUCUGACUGACCAGCCAUCAUCACGACUUGGUGAAGAGACACUCGUCGCCUGCUCCAGCUCUCACCCAACCAACAGUCAUAACCUGAACAACUCUUGAAUCGUUGACUCAGUCACCUCUGAGCCUCUCUCACGGGAUGUCUGACAUUCAGAUGUGUGUGCGGCCCCCCAGGUAUUUCUCCUUGGCCUCACUCCACAACACAUGGUUUUACAGUUCACGUCUGAAGGUAUGGGAGCAGAAUUAGGCCAUUCAGCCCACUGAGUCUGCUCUGCUCAUUAUGACUGAUAUAUCAUCCCUCUCAACCCCAUUCUCCUGCCUUCUCUCCAUAACCUUUCGAGCCCUGACUAAUCAAGAAGCUGUUGAGAACAGGUACCAUGCAGUCUCCAUUGGCUUGGUUCGGCUGCGGUUUGAGCAUGAUGGGCUUCCCCACCUUGUCUGGGGAACCGGUGAGAACAGAGACGGGGUCAAUGUAUGGUGCCUACAUGAAACUCUCCUCACAAUCUGUGGCUAUUAAUGUCCAGAUUUGGGUCGAGUGGAAACCAGCUCGUCUCUAUACACUUAGAUGAUCGAUGUCUACAGCGUAGAUUUAAAAUAUUACUGUUUGAUACUCAAAUGGAAAUUGUCUUAAUUUAACAAAUAGACUAGAAAUAAGAAAAUCCUAUAACUAGAGAAUGAUUUUUAUAAAUGAAGCAACUUUAUAUGGCAAGUUUUAUUUUUCCAGUUAAAAUCAUUCACCGGGGUUUGCGUGGGUGCGGCUGUAAAUGAAGUCUUUCUGCUGUUCAUGCUUUGCUAUUUACAAUUCCUCAAUCCCCAUGUUUGUGAUGAGCACUUUACAUUCUCCCAGUCCUGCACCUGGCAUGAGAAACUGGAACCAAAGUUCACUGAUGCCAACCCGAGAUCAAAAUAGAGCCCUCUGCCCCUUAGAUGUUAAGACAAAGGAGCAGAAUUAGGCCAUUUGGCCCAUCGUGUCUGCUCCACCAUUUUAUUAUCUCUUUCAAUCCCAUUCUCCUGCCUUCUCCCUGUGACCUUUGACACUCUGACUAAUCAGCAACUCAUCAAUCUCUGCUUUGAGUAUACUCAAUAACUUGGCCUCCUCAGCCUUCUAUAGCACAGGUGACUCUUGACCACAAGGCGAUGUCUGUUUGAGUGAUGUCCCUUUCUCAUUCUAAGAGAGAAUAGAAUCCUCGCCUGCCUACAAACAGGUGAUUUGUUACCACUGGAGCUGCUUAAAACAAUGUACUCACCCUUCUGUGAUCAUCUGUAAUGUGUUUCUAUUUGUGCAGGAAUUAAAAGCACAUGUA